AGCGACUUAGGUAUACACCGUCUCCUAUACUUCUUAUUUAUUGUGUCCGCUGUAAACUACACAGCGCGAUGUAGUGAGUGUCUUUCUAUCUGUGGCUUAUACUUCUCGGAUUUUAAUUAUUAAAUACAUUUUAUAAUGACACAGAGGGCGCUGAUAACAGUGGCCUGCCUGGUAAUUGGGCUAAUUGGAAACACCUUGGCACAAAAAAGAAGAGGGGACACUGGCAGUGAAUUACAAAAGAGCAAGGAAAAAAGUGUUGGAAGGUGUGAGCCAAUAAAAGUCCCCAUGUGUCAGGGUUUACCGUAUAACGAGACUCGUAUGCCAAAUUUACUGAACCACACAAAUCAGGAGGAUGCUGGGUUGGAGUAUCAUCAAUUCGCACCGCUGGUCAAACUACAGUGCAGUAAACAUCUGCAACUUUUCCUGUGCACCUUGUAUGCUCCGAUGUGCACAGAACAUGCGGACUCUAUCCCACCAUGCCGUAGUCUGUGCGUAAAGGCGCUUCGAACUGGAUGUGGAACGCUGAUGAACAAAUUUGGGUUUAUGUGGCCAGAUAGGUUCAAUUGUGAUAAUUUUCCAGAGAAUGGUCUUUGUAUUGCAGAAGAUAUGACUGAUCAACAAAUGAUCACUACCAAGCCACUAGGUGAUUAAAUAUUCAUGACCUUACUAUUGUCUAACCCUCCAGUUUUCAAAGGAUGUCAUUGUUUGCCGUGAACAAUUACCAUAUGCCUUACGAUGAAAAUGAUAACUUACCUAAAACCGUAAUAACCAGAUAUAUAUCGUAAUUAUACCCCCAUUACCAUUGGUAUUACCAUUGGUAAUGGGGGCUAUAUAGGAGUCACUUUGUCGGUCGGUCUGUCGGUCUGUCCUGAAAUUACAUCCGAUCUUCACUAAACAUGGCCAGAAGUUGUAUCUAGAUGAAGUCUAGGUCAAGUUUGAAUAUGGGUCAUGCCAGGUCAAAAACUAGGUCACGGGGUCACUUAGUGUAUUUUAAACUGAAAGUUUGUCCGGACCAUAACUAUGUCAUUUAUCGUUAGAUUUUAAAAUGAUUUGGUACAUUUGUUCACCACCAUGGGACGGUGUGUCGUGUGAAAAAAGUAUGUUGAUAUCUCAAAGGUCAAGGUCACACUUGGAGUUCAAAGGUCAAAUGGUUGUUCGGGCCAUAACUUUGUCAUUUAUUGUGAGAUUUUAAAAUCAUUUGGCAAAUUUGUUCACCAUCAUUGGACGGUGUGUGGUGCGAAAGAAUUACGUCGAUAUCUCCAAGGUCAAGGUCACACUUUGAGUUCAACGAUCAUAAAUGAGCUUGUCCAAGCCAUAACUAUGUCAUUCAUUGUAAGAUUUUAAAAUCAUUUGGCACAUUUGUUCACCAUUAUUGGAAGGUGUGUUGUGCAAAAGAAUUACGGUGAUAUCUCCAAGGUCAAGGUCACACUUAAAGUUCAAAGGUCAAAAAUGGCCAUAAAUGAGCUUGUCCGGGCCACAACUAUGUUGUUCAUUGUGAGAAUUUAAAAUCAUUUGGCACAUUUGUUCACCAUCAUUAGAAGGUGUGUCGCGCGAAAGAAUUACGUCGAUAUCUCCAAGUUCAAGGUCACACUUUGAGUUCAAAGGUCAAAAAUGGCCAUAAAUGAGCUUGUCUGGGCCAUAACUAUGUCAUUUGUUGUAAGAUUUUAAAAUCAUUUGUUCACCAUCAUUGGAUGGUGUGUUGCGCGAAAGAAUUACGUCAAUAUCUUCAAAGUCAAGGUCACACUUAAAGUUCAAAGGUAAAAAAUUGCCAUAAAUGAGCUUGUCCUGGCCAUAACUAAUAAUGUUGUUCAUCGUGAGAAUUUAAAAUCAUUUGGCACAUUUGUUCACCAUCAUAGGACCGUGUGUUGCGCGAAAGAAUUAUGUCGAUAUCUCCAAGGUCAAGGUCACACUUUGAGUUCAAAGGUCAAAAAUGGCCAUAAAUCAGCUUGUCGGGGCCAUAACUAUGUCAUUCAUUGUGAGAUUUUAAAAUCAUUUGGCACAUAUGUUCACCAUCAUUGGACGGUGUGUCACGCAAAGAAUUACGUCGAUAUCUCCGAGGUCAAGGUCACACUUUGAGUUCAAAGGUCAAAAAUGGCCAUAAAUGAGCUUGUUCGGGCCAUAACUAUGUCGUUUAUUGUGAGAUUUUUAUAUCAUUUGGCUCUUUUGUACACCAUCAUUGGACGGUGUGUUGCGCGAAAGAAUUACGUCGAUAUCUCCAAGGUCAAGGUCACACUUUUAGUUCAAAGGUCAAAAAUGGCAAGAAAUGAUCUUGUCUGGGCCAUAAGUAUGUCAUUCAUUGUGAGAUUUUGAAAUGACUAUACAUUAAUUUUGUUCACAGUCAUUGGAUGGCGUGUCAUGUGAAAGAAUUCAAGAGUUCAAAGGUCAAAAUGGCUAUAAAUGAUAAUGGCAUAAUAAUUCUUAAAAAUCGCCAUAAAUUAGAUUCUCUUGUUUUUUGAAGACAACAUGCAAAAUAGUCUGUGUCAAUGCAGCAUGU